AUGAACAACCACACCCAACAACCAUCAACCGAACUAGACUUCUUCCCCCAUCUCAACCAACAAUCAUCCCAACUAACUGAGCUCAAGAAAUUCUGGGAAGCAGUCAACCAACUAUUAUACACCCAACAACCAGAAAACCAAGAGGACCAGAAGAACAACAAGACCACAAAAACUAAUCAGACUCAAGGAGAACGAAUCAAGAGCUUAGUAGGAGACACAGGAUCAGAGAAAGAUCAACUAGCCAGCGAACUAUGGAACUGGAUCAUGAUGGACGACCCAGACAAGAUGCUACUGAAAUACAUCCGAGCCAAGAAAUUCAAAUCGACAAACGACUCACUCGAACUAUUGAUCAACUCACUCAAGUUCAGAGCCGAAAGGAAACUCUCGCAGAUCUACUAUGAGGACCAAAGCAUACUCAAACAGCUCAGGACCGCCAAGGCCUUCGUCUUCGGCUUCGAUCGAUCCGGCUCGCCCAUCUUCAGAAUUUCAUCCUCUACUCCAUGGAAGGUCACUCGGUUAUUUAUCAUUCCUCCCGCGGGAAUCUGUGACGAUGCUGGUGAACUUGAGACUUUGAAUCAUCAAAUCAUUCACAAUGCGCCAUGGAUAUUCCAAGGUCUCUGGAAGGCGAUUUCGACGAUGAUUGACCCGGUUGUGCGCUCGAAGGUGUUAUUUACGUCGAAGAAUGAGGACCUGAUCAAGCUGGUGGAUAAGCGGAACCUGUUCAAGGCCGAAGGCGGGGACUCGGGGUUCGAGUGGAAGAUCCCGGAGAACUAUCCGGCAGAUGGACUGGCUUCAUCCGCCGCCAAGACGGGCCAGGAUGGCCAGGAAGACCGGCAUAAACUCCAUCUCGAUCUCUCUCCCGAGCAGGAACGCGCCAAGCUGAGCGAACUCCAAACCCGCGAGACACUCGUCGCCCGGUUCAUCACCCUCACUCAGCUCUGGUUAAAGGCCUCUGACGAGGACCAAGACUCCCCCUCGGACCCUCAGAAACUCCUCAAGAUCUUGGCGUUGAGGGAUUUGGUUAAGCUUAUCUUGCGAGCCCAGUAUCUGAAAAUGAUGCCGUUGAUCAUUCCCAAGACGAUUUACCAUUACCGAGGGAUCCUGAAGACGGAAGCGCCCGGGCUGAUAGAUUUCGAAGCCUCUGGAGCCGACGGGAGUGUGAAUGGAGGAAGCAGAGAUCCGGAGCAACAGCCAGAACAGAACGGAUCGCCGGAGACGCCUGUGAUGAUGGGCCAGGAGUCUGCCCGUCCCGGUCUCCUGAAGACCAUCGAACGAGAAAUCGCGCGCUUCCGGUCUACCUAUCGAGCGUCCUCGUCUUCCUCUGAUCCUGUCGUCGCUACUCCUGACGCCGCCGACCCGACUGAGAAUCUCGACUCGGUCGACCCCAUCGAGCGCAUCUUUAUCGAAGUCAUCCGGCUCGAUUUUUGACUCCCCCCCCCCUCCCCCCUCUUUUUUUUAUAUUCUUCUUCUUGGAUUGAUCAGCAUUUUUUUUUAUCUCUCUCUGAUAUCAUAUCAUGUCACAUUUGUUUUCCUGCUGGCAUGCUUUUCUUACUGUUACAUACCAAUGGAUCAUUCUUGCUCUCAUAAAUCUAUUGGUUGACUUGUCUUUGGUCAUUAGGAAACAGUCACUCACUAUCAUUAUCAUUAUCAUUAUCAUUAUUUCUUUGGCCCUCGAAGUUGUGUAUUUGGGGGUUGCCCCCUUUUUGGUUUUACAAAAAUCCAUUGUUCUUGUUUCUGUUUUUUCUUUUUUCUUCUUGUUGAUAAUUAUAAUGAUCAAAGCACCACGUCCAACCCAUAAUGUAGUCGUAGUCACUGACAGACCAUCACAGGAUUUGGGGGCCUCUU